ACUAGUUACGGUAGUUAUCCAGUGGCUGUUGACAAAAGUACAGUGCAAGGAUCUUUGUUGUUUUAAACAAGCCGUAUUCAAAAAAAGAAAAGUCAAUUUAGGUAGUAGUAGGCUACUAUUUGUCAGAGUAACCUCAUUUUCUCUGAAAAGUUCUGUCACAGACGAAGGGCAAGAAAAGAGACACAUCAUUAACUCUAGCGCCAUUGUGUGACAGAGUCUCCAGCGGUGAGGACGCUGUGUUUUUCCCCUUGUCGAGUGGACUGUUUAAAUACCCCCAUGUUUCUCUUCCAAACUCUGGUGGACCUGAAUCUGAUUUAUGUUCAGUAAAGGUGCCAAGCGAAAACUGGACGAGUAUGAAGAGGUGCUGGAAGGCAAAACGCUGGAGGCAUCGGAGGCGGGAGGAGGGCUAGGCCUGGGUCACGAGGGGUUGUCCAAGGUGUCGUACACCCUUCAGAGGCAGACCAUCUUCAACAUCUCUCUAAUGAAGCUGUACAGCCAGCGUCCGCUGAACGAACCCAGCCUGGAGCGCCGCGUGCUCAUCAACAACAUGCUGCGGCGCAUCCAGGAAGAGCUGAAGCAAGAAGGCUCCUUGCGGCCGCUGCUCCUGCCACCGUCGCCUCCGCCCGACGACCCUAUGGACGAGGGCUUCCGUGAAGCCCCACCUUCAUUCGGGGUCCUCUCCGCCGCGGUGACGGCACAGGCGGCUCCUCCUUCUGCUCUUCUGAUGCCGGCGAUCAUUCCGCCGCCUUCGCCGCACCCUUCGGCGCCUCCCGACUGCCCGCCCCCGCCGGACGCCUGCCUCACUCCGGCUUCGUUGUUGGAGGAGGACGGCGCCGAUUCCUCUUUUUGUGCUUCAUCUCCGCCCACACCUCCCCUGUCACCUCCCCCGUUACAGAGUCAGACGUCCAUCAAUGUCUCUUCGUCCAACAGCGUGAACGGCAUGGAUUUGCGUCCUCUGACAGCCAUAAGCAGGACGGCAGCAGCCAUUUCUAUGACAGUAACUACCUCCCUCGCUCCCACCCUGCUCACCCAACACCCCCACUUAGCGGCCUUGUCCCCGGCACCCUCGGGCCCUGCGAAAGACUGUAGAAGUUCAGACUCUAAAACUGAAGCAAUUUGCGUCUCGCUAGUGGAAAGCUCCGCUGCUGAGCACCGACCGAUGGACGCCCAUCCCGCAGCACCGCCAUCCGCCCCGGUAGAAAUAUACACCUCUCAUUCCCCGGCUUCCGCACCCUCCGGCUUUCUCACCGACCUGGCGCUGGACGACGUCCUGUUCGCCGACAUAGACACGUCCAUGUAUGAUUUUGAUCCCUGCGUGACGGCGGGGGCGGUCGGCACGCCGGCAAGCGCUGGCCUGGCAAAGAUCUCGCCGGUAGUGACGGCGGACGACGUCCUCAAAUCGCUGGCGUCGCCGUACAGUGGCCCCGCCCCUCAAGUUUCAGCAAAUCAGCCUUUUAAAAUUGACCUGACGGAACUCGAUCACAUCAUGGAAGUGCUGGUCGGUUCUUGACAAGCGUGCACCACCACUUUUUCUAAACCAGACACUCUCAAUCCAGACAAGAGACUGAAAUGAAUAUUUCCGACGGAUCUGGGAUUUGUUUUUCUGCUGGUCAUUUUCAUUUUUGUGCUUUUAAAGUUUGCAAUUUUAAUUUUCACUUGUCAUAUUUAUCAUGACAAGUACUACUACUACUACUACUUCAAUUAACACUGUGCAUGGACUGUCCUCCCCUUUCCAAACACAGUCAUGAAAUUCUUGGGAAGCAAAAAUACAAAUUAGUUUACAUUUCUAUUCUAGUGACGACCUCCAAGGAAUUAAUUCCCUCACUUGAACGUAAUCCCAGUUCUGAUCUUUAACACUGUCCUAAGCCUUUAUGGUGUCACAAUAAUUUUUUUAUGCUUAUUUUUGUUUUAUAUCCAAGCCUAGGAAGAUCCUUACCGGUACAUGAAUUAACAAUACAAACACACACAUACAGUCGAAUAGCGUAAAAGGAUCCAUUUUGCAUGUGUGAUUCAAGAGUUGCAAACACACAGACACAUGUGCACAUUAAAUGUGUGUCUUUUAGCAGAUGAGUGCCUUCCCCCCAAAAAUGAACACUUAUUUAAUUCUUUUAUCUAAAUUUCAGUUCUUCCUUGAUUAUAUUUACACAGUGGUACCUCUACUUACGAAAUUAAUUGAUUCUGGGAGUAGUUUCCUAACUUGAAAAUUCUGUAAGUAGAGACACGUUUUCCUUGGAAAUGCUCUAAUCCAUUCUAAUCCAAAAUUCAGACAUAAAUCUUUUAUAAUGCAUCAAAACAUGUAACAAAUACAUGUUACAAUUAAGCUAGGUUCAUACCGCAGGUCUUAAUGCACAAAACUGAUUUUUGCGUGUUUCUCCGACAUUAACUUGAUGAUCUGAAUGGGACAGGUCGCAUAAAAUUUGACCAUUCCAAAUCUGAUCUAAGUUAUUUUCGUAUGUGGUUAAAAUCGGAUCCACAUUUUUCCAGAAUGUGGCUGCGGUCUGAACUGUCAUGUCCCCCGAAUCAGAAUUCAUGCAGCAAUUAUGUCAGCAAAGAGCGAGAGGCGUGGAGGACGGCAGCGAUGUAGCUGCUCAGUAGCGUUAGCGCCUAGCUUGAACUCGGCUUUUAGGGAAGAGGUGGGCUUGACAAGUCAUAGACUUCGCUAUCAGUUGACGGGAAACAGGGCCGCUCCGUAGGGGGCCUAUUUUCAAGAAACUUAAAAUUCAAAUAUUUUCAAAACCAAAGACGCUAGCGACCUACAACCAAAACAGACACCUCCCUUAGGCAUAUAUGAGUCGUUCCCUAAUAAAAUCCUGAUUAAAGUGUUUUGUAUAUAAGUAUAACAAAACUUAAAAUGGCUAUAAAAUUCUCAGAUUUCACGCUAGAUGCACAAAAAUCAUCAAAAGCAUAGAUAAUCGCUUAUAUUUUCAGUAUCAAUCGCAAUAUUUAACAUAUCAUAAAGUUUUGUUGCCCAAAAAAGCGACUUAAUUUUUUUAUUUAUUUAGUGCAAAUCAUGCAGAAUCGUCUUAAUUUUAGUAAACAAAAGCAAAUUUUGCACUUUCUAUAUCCAAUCACAGCUUAUUUAGGUUGAAUUCCGACAUCACUAUUGUCUCAGCACGUCUUGCUGGCUAUCUGGUCCUUGUCGUUUUUAGAUUGAUAUGUUGCAUAAAAUAAAAUGUAACAUGGAAAAGCUGAUUAUUUAGUAUGGACGCAGAAAUGUCUAAAUUACUAGUUUCUUGCCCAAAAAAGGGCAGUUGGCCGAAUAUUACCUGAUUAUUUGAAUGUAAAAUUACGCUAUUGUGUAUGGAUACAAAAUCCAACAUGGUGGCCAUCACAAAACAAGGAAAUUUUAAGUUGAAAACUCUUGUAAAUAAAUGCCUAAGUCCCGAGUUUCUAUAGAUAUGACUAUAAAACAGUCGUGGUUCAAAGCAAAAAAACUGGCAGUUAUAAUUCAUUUUACGUAAAUAUUUCAAGCUAACGUAACGCACAUUUUUUCCGUUCAUUUCAUGGUUUUCAAAACGUUUCAAAGUGCAUGCUUGGUGCUGUUUUAUAUACCGUAUUGGCCCGAAUAUAAGACGGUGUUUUUUGCAUUGAAAUAAGACUGAAAAAGUAGGGGUCGUCUUACAUUUGCAGUCUAGACGUUAUACCCAUUCACGACACUAGAUGGCGCCAGAUAUCAUUGAAGCGAUGUUCUGUCAUGACAGAUCUCAGGUACUCUCAAGUUUAACCAGUUUGCAUUAUUUUAUCGCAAUGUUUUUCCUUAUUCAGAUUUGUUUCAAGACUACAGUUACAGAUAGACUUUACUUUGAUGGUUAAUGCAGUAAUUGCAAUUUUGUUUUAUCACAAUAGAUUGGUUUAUUUACAUUUCAAAAACCAGAAGCCAUUCAUUUACGAAUGUGAUUGCACUUUAGUUUACAUAUUUAAAUGGUCAGACAUUAAGAUUUGAAUGAGGCAAAAUAACAUGCUUUUCCCUCAAAUAUAUUGUUACAAUCAUUUGUUUCAGAUGUACUGUAAUUAUUUUCUGUAUAAAAAUUAAUUUGGUGUUCAAAAAGUCUUUUUUCAAACUUGAGUCUUGAAAAAGAGGGGGUCGUCUUAUAAUCAGGGCCGUCUUAUAGUCGGGCCAGUACAGUAAUAAUUAGCUUGAAUCCUCAACCAAAUCACUCUUGAGCCACUCCUGCCUGCUUGAAUGCAUUAAAACUUUCGUCAUGUUUCCACCUAAAUCCGGCGUUAGAACGCAGCGUGUGUUGGAGUUUAUCGCAGUGAAAGCUGAGUAGACGCUCUGCCUGGCCUGGCCCCCUACAGGAAGCUGUGGCGCAAUGUCUGCAAGAACUGUCUCGUCAACUGAUAGUGAAGUCUAUGCUCCAGUCAUUAAAAAUUAGGAGAUGCAAUUAUGAGAAUGCUCAGUUUUCUUUCUGUGCGCCAAAUGAGCAGUACUGUAUUUCAAUAUUUUUUUUCAAGAUUUGUGCAUGAAGACCUGCGGUAUGAACCUAACCUUAGAUUAUUGCACAAUAAACAUGAAAUCAGACUUGUGCAUGAUGUAAAAAAAAACAAGAAUACAGUAAAGAAAAAAAGUUAAUACACUCAUGUAAAGCUAUCGGAACACGAAGGGUGAAUGAAAAGGACACUUGGAUACAUACAGUGGGGAGAACAAGUAUUUGAUACACUGCCUAUGGGAAAACCC